AUGGAUGAAAAGAAAGGAGAAAUCACAAAGAAACAACCACAACAACAUUUAUCCAACUCGCCUGAUGACUCUAAUCAAGAUUCACCUGAUAAUACUAUACCACAGCAACAGCAACCGCAAACUGUGAUUUCUGGAGCUCCUUAUAUUUCUUCUUCUCUCUAUAAUAUCCCAGGCGGUGCAGCAACUACAUCUGUUUCUUUCGAACAACAACAACAACAGCAGCAGUUUGAAGUUGUGAACCCAAAGCGACCUAGAUAUACUGCAAGUCAAUGGAAAUUCGUAUCAUCUUCUUCUCAACAACAACAGCAAAAGCCGGCCAGUCAAGUGAAUAUACUUAGCACCGAGUCAAGUCCAAUUUCACCUUCGCCGCAAGCUGCUGCUACCAACCCUCAAACUCAAGCUGCCUCGUCUUCGGACACAACUUCUUCUCCUUCCCACUCUCCUCGGCCUUCUGCAUCUGGGCAAGAAACCAGCAAAGGCGAAGCAGGAGAACAAGUUCACCAACAACACCAACAAUUUCGGAAAGGAAAAUACGUCAGUCCAGUUUGGAAACCUAACGAGAUGUUGUGGCUAGCUAGGGCUUGGAAAAUUCAGUACCAAGGUGGUUCAUCAGAGCUACAUGUAGAAGGUUCUCAAGAAAUGAGUACAGGCGCGGGAGUGCAACAAGGUAGAGGAAAAACUCGAGCUGAUAAAGAUAGAGAAGUGGCUGAUUUUCUCAACAGGCAUGGAGUUAACAGAGAUGCUAAAACUGCUGGAACUAAGUGGGACAACAUGUUAGGUGAAUUCAGAAAAGUUUACGAAUGGGAGAGAGGUGCUGAGAGGGAACAAGGUAGCAAGAGUUAUUUUAGACUAUCCCCUUAUGAAAGGAAGAUGAAUAGAUUGCCUGCUUCAUUUGAUGAAGAGGUGUUUGAAGAAUUAUCUCAGUUUAUGGGCCCUAGAAUGAGAAGUCCUCAAACUAGAGGAGGAGUUGGAGUUGGAGUUGGAGUUGGAAGUCAGGCCAAUAUUAUCGUCUCUCUUAGCGACACAGCCACAAGGUCUUUGCCUCCCCCUCCACCUUUCAGAGAAGAUGACCUUCCUCUCUCUGCAAGGGAAAAACAGUUGGCUAUACCAAUAAGUGGAACAGAAGCAUUACUACAUGGAACAAGAGGUGGGUUCUUAGGGUACGACACAACUACUACUUCAUUAGAUAUUGGAGGUCCAUCUUCUUCUACUUCUUCGAAAGAGCUUCGUCGCAUUGGCAAGAUUAGAAUGAUAUGGGAGGAAUCAGUGAGCUUGUGGGCAGAAGAAGGUGAGCAUCACAGAGGUAGAGUGAAGCUUCAAGGUACAAGUUUUUUAAACGCCGAUGAAAUUGCUUUCUUGGAUGAUUCUACGGUUGCCUGCACAAUGGAGGCCUUUGAAGAUGGACCUAUGAAAGGUUUUUCCGUUGAUAGAUUCCUUUCUGGAGUACAACUAAAAGUCUUUGGCAGGAGAAAAUCCUCUUCAGCUCCUGCUCCUUCUGAUUGCAAUUUCCCUCUUCUGAAUUUCCCAUCAGAUCAUCUUGUUGCUUUCAACUGGAUUUUAAAUAAAUAUAAAAUAAUUGCAGCAGCUACUCCUUGGGAAUUUCAAGAUCCAACUGAGUACUACGUGGGUUGUCUAAGAUCUCCACCACCUACCCUUCCAAGCUUGUUUGAACUCUCAUGGCAUUUACAACAGGCACCACCGGAGGAGCUCCGUUUCCCACUUCGGAGAGAUGUGUUCAAAGAUUUGCCUCAAGGGAAAGAAUUAUUUUUCACAACUUCAACUGAGUUAUUAGACUGUAGAGGCAUCACGUACGAGGUCUUGAGCUCUAUUAUGCGCCCAAACCCUAGCCUGAGUACGGCAACUGAUAGAGACUCUUAUAUUGGACUUUGGGAUGAUUGCAUCAAUAGGAUUAUAUCCAAGUUUUGCUCCAUAGAAAUGGUAUUCGUACGGAAAUCUAAUUCAUCGUUUUCUCUUGCGGAUACAGUGCAAGAUCAGUGGCCUAAUGUUACUGCUUUCUUGAGGAAUUUUUGCUUGUGGAGAGGAGAGGAGACUGGUCAACUAAGUGAAGGUCAACUAGAUCCAUCUUCUUCUAUUGUGGAGAAACUUCUCUGGACUUAUAUGGAUCUUCCUUACGUGUUAGGUUACUAUGCCGUUGGCUUCAUUGUUACAUUCUGUGCUUUAAGUCGAUCACAGGAUCGUAUUAUCCGAACGGAUCUUUACACUGUAGAUCUCUCAACCCCAGUUGAAAGAUUGAAAGCUUUAGUUCCAUGUUGGAGAAUUGCUGGAUUAUUACCAUUAUUAGCUGAUCGAUGUUUCCAUUAUAUGAGCAGCAAUGGGAGUAAUUUAAAACAUCUCCCUUAUACUGAUUUUGAGAGAGUAGAUUUGGGUAAUGGGAAUUAUGUGGAGAUGACUCCAAAUACAGUGGUCAGAUAUUUCUCAAGUAAAAGAAAAUGGGUGGCAGUCAAAGAAAUAUACGAUUUUCUUGACCAUAGAAUCCCACAUGCGGAAUUUGUUUUUAGGGCAUCUGAAAAGGAUUUAGCUUUGGUCUUUAAGCCUAGAGGCUGCAAGUUCAAGCCGGCUAAUUGUGAUCAACUAAUAGAAGCAUUAAAGCAAAUCACUAAAGCUUUGGUUGCAUUACAUGAUCUUUCUUUUAUGCACAGGGAUUUGGGAUGGGAUAAAGUCAUGAGGAGAAGUGACAGGGAAAAUGAAUGGUUCAUUACGGGAUUUGACGAGGCAGUGAGUUCGCCGCAGCUAUAUCCUUACGGAGGAGCAGCCGCGGCGGCGACGGCUAGUGGGAGGCACCCGCCGGAGAUGGUGAGGAAUUAUCAUAAUGUGAAAGUGGAUGUAUGGGGAAUAGGUCAAUUAGUGAAGAGUUGUGGGUUGGUGGGGGUGCCAAAAUUGCUGAGGGAAUUGCAGACCAGAUGUUUGGACCAAAACCCGGAGCAGCGACCGACGGCGGCUGACUGCUAUCGCCACUUGUUGCAGUUGCAGUCUUCAAUGUCUGCAGCCGCCGCCGGAGGAUAUUGA